UCUUACCCUCACUGCCGCGUUUUCCGUUCCUUUGAAAUCAUGUCCUACCUACGCCGAUUCAUGUCCACAGCUAGCGCUGGAAAGUCUCUGGCAAACGUCUUCUUCGACAUUUCCAUCGGUCCCAAGCCUGCAGGUCGCAUUGUCUUCAAGCUGUAUGACGAUGUCGUUCCCAAGACGGCGAAAAAUUUCAGGGAACUGGCGACCGGAGAGCACGGAUUCGGAUAUGCUGGUUGCGGCUUCCAUCGAAUAAUUCCUGACUUCAUGAUUCAGGGCGGCGACUUUACGGCUCAUAACGGUACCGGUGGAAAGUCGAUAUACGGCGCCAAGUUCAAGGACGAGAACUUCCAGCUGAAGCAUACUAAACCCGGCCUUCUCUCAAUGGCAAAUGCUGGCGCAAACACGAACGGUUCUCAGUUCUUUGUCACGACCGUAAAAACACCUUGGUUGGAUGGACGUCACGUUGUUUUCGGAGAGGUUGUUGAGGGUAUGGAUUUGGUGAAGGAGAUCGAGAAGCAGGGUACACCAGGCGGCGAGCCUAGGACCCAAGUACUGAUCGCGUCCUCGGGUGUGGUGGAGUAAAACGCCGAUUCUCGAGCUCUGAUUCCAAUUGUGCAUACAAUGUCACAGAUGCCUAUGCUCUGUUAUGUAGCACUCAAAAUGUUUAACAUGAUUUCAAUUGUGAAAGCAAACUACUCGUCUCUCGAAGAUCCCCACGAAUCGCCGCCCUUCGAGGCAUUGUCCAGGUUCACUUCGCAAACAUACCGAGUUCUGCUCAUGAGAAUUCCUUUGUGUCUAUGAGUACCUAUCGAAUCGAAUAGAGAAUUGUCGUGCUGAG